UUUCGAAUUUUCCCCACACGUUCAUGAAAGACCAUUUCUUUCCAACAUUCACCAAUAGUUUUGAUGUUAUUUUUAAAGCAAGUGUUUCUCAGAAACCGCUUUAUUUUUUCGCUCCUACUUUGACUAGCCUGGAAAAUCGUUCCAUGCGAUCUAACCUCGACACGUCAAAACUUUGAUAAAGCCUGCUUUUUUCUUGUAAAUAAUUCAACAAUAGUGUUGAACAGAAUACAGUAUUCUGCAACUCUUAAUUGGACCAAGAGAAAUGUCGUCCUACGGUGCACAAUUGGACGUGAACAUCAAUGAUUACGCGAAGGAAAAAAACGCCAUAAUUGUCGAUUUACGGAGCGACACUGUGACAAAACCUUCCAAAGCUAUGCGACUCGCCAUGAUGGAUGCGGCAGUCGGUGAUGACGUUUUCGGCGAAGAUCCAACUGUCAAUGAACUGGAGCGAAAGGCUGCGGAAAUGGUCGGAAAAGAAGCUGCUCUAUUUGUCUCUUCCGGUACCAUGGGAAAUUUGAUUGCCAUAAUGGUGCAUUGCAACGAGCGUGGUUGCCAGGCAUACUGCGGUGAAAGAUCCCAUACGAUGUUGCACGAGCAAGGCGGAGCAGCUCAAAUAGCAGGUGUGACGUUGAAUCCAAUACCGAACAGAGAAGACGGUACGUUCAGUCUGGAGGCUCUGGAGCUCAAAUUCAGUAAGGAUCGUUUGCACGAGCCAACUUCGCGAUUGGUAAUCGUUGAGAACACGUUUACCGGCAACACAGUCGAUUCUUGCUGGUUGAAUAAAUUAAUGGAACUGGUAAAAAAGCGAGGUUUGAAGUUGCACAUGGACGGAGCUCGUUUGUGGAACGCUUCGGUGGGUUCGGGAGUUCCAGCGAAUAAAAUGGUCGAGAAUUUCGACUCGGUGACGUUUUGUUUGAGCAAAGGUCUCGGCGCGCCUGUCGGUUCGAUGCUGUGCGGUGAUCGCGAUUUCAUUUCACGAGCAAGGCGCGUUAGAAAAGUUCUCGGCGGUGGCAUGCGCCAGGCUGGAGUUCUCGCUGCCGCUGGUCUCGUUGCUCUCGAAGAAACUAUUCCGCUUCUCAAAUUCGAUCAUGAACGCGCUCGCAGACUCGAAUCUGCUAUCAAUCAAAUGGAAAGCAACGUUUUUCAAUCCAUCACGGACACCGGGGUCAAAACGAAUAUGGUUAUUCUUCGCUUGAACAGAGAUCUCGACUAUGGUGCCAACGCCUUCGUCCAAAGAUUGAGCACCGUCCUCGACGAACCUAAUGAACCCAGAAUCAUCGUCAGAGCUCUUGCUUUCUCUAAUAAUAUGAUUAGGUUUGUCCUUCAUCGCGAUAUCAACGACGAGAUGCUGGACGCUGCUAUUUCCAAAAUUAAGUUUAUUGGCCAACCUACGAACAAAAAGAAAAUGUAAAAUCCUUUCGUAUAAAUAUUCACAAAUAAUAACACAGAUUCAAUAAAACCGUGACUGCAAAAGA